AUGUUUGAUAUCUCGACAGAACUAAAAAUCACGUCACGCAUGGGUGUUGCAAUGGUAAUAAAUACACGAAUUGGUGGAAACACUGAUUAUGUUGAUGAUGGAGUGGAAACAUUAAAAAGAUACAAGCCGCGAAGUUUGGAUGAAUUGGCAACGCGAACGAAAUUUAGUAAAAAAGAAAUUCAAUUGAUUUAUCAAGGUUUCAAACAAGAGUGUCCAUCAGGGACAGUGAAUGAAGAAACUUUUAAAAACAUUUAUGGACAAUUUUUUCCAUUUGCUGAUACGUCGACUUAUGCCCAUCUAAUAUUUUCGACAUUUGAUUUACGUUCCGCUGGCUUUGUGACUUUCGAAGAUUUCCUCGUUUGCCUAUCGACAUUAUGUCGCGGAACGAUCGAAGAACGCUUAAAAUGGAUCUUUGCAUUGUAUGACACGAAAAAAUCAGGUAAACUAACAAACGAUGAUUUCUAUCUGAUUCUUUGUGCUAUUUAUUCUCUACUUGGAAAUGUAGCCAAUCGACAUUAUGAUCACGAAACGAUUCGAGAACAUACGAUGAAUGUCUUUCAAAAAUUCGACAAAUUACAUCGAGGAUACCUUACUGUACAAGAUUUCGUCUCAUACUGCUUGAAAGAUCCGCUAAUUAUUCAAUCAAUUGAAUCAUUACGAACGACUGUGUAA